AACACCGGCGCUACUAGAAGCAGAACAAACAACACCCCCCCCCCCCCCAAAAAAAAAUUGUCUUUUCAAAAUCGUCGAGUGUGGGUUUUUUUUUUGCAAAGUGUCAGUAUGAAAGCAAUAAGUCCAGUCAGGUCUUUCCGGAAAAACGGUGCGAGCAUGACGGAGCAUAGUCUUGGGAUCUCUCGGAGCAAGACCCCUGUGGACGACCCCCUGAGCUUGCUGUACAACAUGAACGACUGCUACUCCAAACUGAAGGAGCUGGUGCCGAGCAUCCCGCAGAACAAGAACGUGAGCAAAAUGGAAAUCUUGCAACACGUAAUCGACUACAUUCUGGACCUGCAGAUCGCACUUGACUCCAAUUCCGCAAUUACCAGUCUCCAUCACCCACGGCCGGGGCAGGGCACGUCGUCGAGGACACCCCUGACGACGCUCAACACGGACAUCAGUGUCCUGUCCUUACAGACGCCGGAGUUUCAGUCAGACUUGAUCACAGAGGACAGCAGGACACUUUACCGUUAAUCAGGUGUUUGGUUAAGACAUGAACACACAGGACCUGGAAACUGACUUUUUUCCCUCAAUUUCUGUUCCCGGUCUGGAUUUUUUUUCUUCAACUAAAUCAAGAGACGUUGCAUCUAAAAGGACAAUCUGUGAUGUGUUAUCAGUUCGGACAUUGAUUAUUUAUCUAAAGACUUUAGUCUUUUUUCUUCAAGAGGAAGAAGCACUAUAUUCCCGAAAAUGGGAGGGAAAACGAAUGAAAGAUGAAAUGUCACAAGAGGCCCUUCUCUUAAGUGAGAAGUCUUCGCUUUUUCGUGAAGAUGCAGUGUGAAUAGGAGACGACGUCGUUAGUUACUGUAAAAAGUUUAGUCUGUUUUUGUCAAGAAGCGUCAUUCUUUUGACACAUGAAGGACUGGACGUUGAAUAUGACAUAAGCGCGUGAAAUCUUGUGAACUCUUUCAGAGUUGUAUCUUGUAUAGUUGCAGAAAUUGGACUACCAAGCUGCAAAGUGUUAUGUUGUACUUAAUUAUGCUGAAACUUUUUAUAAAAGUAAUUGUAAAUCGUACCUUUUUAUAUAAAAAAAAAAUAAAUCAAAUGCUUUAUUUGAA